CUAUAAUUACAAGAUUUGUGCUGGACGUGUCCGGGCAUAUCAGGCAAUUGUCAUGGCUGGAGGUUUCCCAAAGUUGGAAUUUAUUUUGGUCUCAACCAAGAGAUGAAUGUGAUAUUUAUGCUUAUUGUGGGGCUUAUGGUAGCUGCAACAACCGUACGUUGUCUUGCAAGUGCUUGCAUGGAUUUGAGCCUUACUCUUGAAGAGAUUGGGAUUCUGGUGACAGGUCCAAGGGAUGCGUGAGGCAAACAGAAUUGAAGUGUGGGAAUCGAAAUGGGUUCUUGCGGUUGAGUGGCAUGACAUUGUCAGCCCCUACUCAAGUUCUAGAGAAUUCAAGCCUCAGCCUAAAAGAUUGUGAAGUCGAGUGCAGGAGAAACUGCACUUGUACUGCUUACUCUUCCAAUCAUGAUAACAGAACCGGAUGUUACUUGUGGAAUGAAGAGUUGAUGAGUCUUCGUGAGAACUCUGGCAAUGUCCCUGAUUUUUAUGUUCGUCUUGCUGCUUCAGAGCUUGAUACACCUACUGACUCUCGACCACAAGUCAAUACACCUACUGACUCUCGACAACAAUUCACUAUAAAUGACACAGGAAAGAAGAAGAGGCAGCAAGUAAUCACUGCAGUAACACUCACUACGUCCAUCCUAUUAUUGGGCUCUGUUACGUGUUAUUUCUGUAGGCGAAAGCUCAUGCCUAAAGGGAAGCAGGAAAGAAGCCAAGAAGUAUUGUUUCAUCAGUUACGAAAUAAUGGGUCAGAUGACAGGGAAUCGAUCAAUGCAAACAGGCUCAGAGAAGGGAGGAGGAAGGGUCUGGAGUUGCCGUUAUUCAGUUUUGCAAGUGUAGUAGCUGCUACAGAUAACUUCUGUCCAACAAAUAAGCUUGGGCAGGGCGGUUUCGGCCCUGUUUAUAAGGGUAAGUUGCACGAGGGACAAGAAAUCGCAGUGAAAAGGCUUUCAAGAAGUUCUGGACAAGGCCAAGAAGAGUUCAAAAAUGAGAUUAUACUUAUUGCCAAACUCCAACACAUGAAUCUUGUAAGGCUUUUGGGUUGUUGCAUUGAAGGAGAAGAAAAGAUACUGCUCUACGAGUACAUGCCCAACAAAAGCCUGGAUUUCCUCCUCUUUGAUCCAACCCAAGGAAAGCUUUUAGAUUGGGGAAAACGCAUCCACAUCAUUGAUGGAAUUGCUCAAGGGCUUCUCUAUCUUCACAAGUACUCCAGAUUAAGAGUUAUUCACAGAGAUCUUAAAGCCAGUAACAUUCUCUUGGAUGGUGAGAUGAAUCCCAAGAUAUCAGACUUUGGCAUGGCGAGAAUUUUCGGGCGAAAUGAAUCAGAGGCAAAUACAAAUAGGGUUGUUGGAACUUAUGGUUAUAUGUCUCCCGAGUAUGCAAUGGAGGGCCUUUUCUCAGAGAAAUCUGACGUCUUUAGCUUCGGAGUCUUACUUCUAGAGAUUGUCAGUGGCAAGAAGAACACCAGCUUUUAUCAUUCCGAUAGGUCUCUAAACCUUCUUGGAUAUGUGAGUAACCAGAACAAAUCUACCAUCUUGGUUACAUGUUUCAAAACACCUUGUUUUUGUUUCGUUUUGGAAUCUGACAAUGACUAACAACCAAGAAAGAUG